AGUGAAGAAGAUCAGUGUCGUUGACUUACAAUGUUGUUGUCACUGUAGCAGACUAGAAAUCUUGAGAUUCACUUUUAAAAUAAUGGUUUAUUCAUAGUAUGGUGAUUUUCAUGAAGUGACAUACCGUUUAAAACAGGAAAAUUGUUCGGAAAAUGUAAGUAAAUUUAUAUAUAGACCGACUACGGUUGUUGACGCGAAGCUACUGUAAAGGACAGGUAAUUAGCUUGCUAGCUAGCUUUAGUUACACUGUUGUCUGCACCGCCGUCAUGAGCGAAGAGGAGAACUCAUCAUCGGCCGCAAAUAAAGACAAAGACUCGACUCUGUUGCUUACUAAGGAUGGACAAAGGUACUAUGUGAAUAAAAGUGGAGUCGUCGACAGUAGAAACGUAAUAACGCCGCAUGAACCAGAGAACAACGCGUCUUCCUACGACAUGGACGAUCCGGAUGAAGAGAGUGACGUUCUGGACGCGUCGGACCCAAGGGACAGCGCCGCCAGCCCGGAGGAGCUCAACGACGAGGAUGCCGCGGAGGUGGACAAUGCCCCCAAGCAGUGCACCUAUGACGGGUGUACAGAGACGACCACACAGGUGGCCAAGCAGAGGAAGCCGUGGAUGUGCAAAAAACACCGCAACAAGAUGUACAAAGACAAAUACAAGAAGAAGAAGAGCGACCAGGCCAUGUCAAGCGGAAAAAUAGAUGAGAACUCCGAGGAGCGACCCGUAUCUGUGAACAAACAGCGCCUCGGUACCAUGGGGGACCGUCCAGCCAGACCUUCCCUGAUAGAGCAGGUGCUCAACCAGAAACGACUGUCACUGCUCAGGAGUCCCGAGGUGAUCCGCUUCCUGCAGCAGCAGCAGCAGCUCCUGGCCACACACAGCCGCAGCCUAUCACAGCAGCAGUUCCAGGGCUGUUGACACUGGCUGCAAGUGUCUGACAGUAUAUGUAAUGCUUUCUAUGGUUGAAAACAAAACAGUCAGACUUGAUGCAUAAAUGGGUAGUAACCAUAAAACAUAAAAAAACAUACUUUUUCCCAAUAGUGAGCCAUGCACAAGAAAGAGUGAAACAAAUGAACUAUUUAAAGCAUGGGGAUACAGGUGGACUGUGCCAGAUUAACUUAUAUAAAAACAAAUAUGUGAAUUUCUUCAACAGGUUCUCAGUUGUUAGGGAUUUUAUUAUUGGAACAAAUUUUAAUACAAGCCAGCUUUUCUCACCACUAUUGUUUUACAUAUUAGUUGCAGUUACUUUGUAAAAUCUCCUCUCUUCUGUCAUUUUUCUUUGUCAUAAUGAACGCCCUGAAAUGUAAUUGUUGAAAGUUGAUUGAAUGCUGAAGCCUCAUGUGAUCAUGUUUAUGUUGUGUCCUGAUGAUUAUGUUGAACCUUGAAUGUGUGUUUUAGUGUUUUCUCUCUCAAUGUUGUGAAAUGUGACAACCAAUUGUCUUUUCAGCUAUGUGAUGCUUCAAGGACUUGUUUUUAAUAAGUAUGUUUAUCUUCAGCUGUAGCACAAACCAGAAAUUAUGAAUGAAAACAAAUAAGGGAAUAUAAAUGUGUUAAAAGAAGUCAAAAUAUAUGAUAUGAUGGUAAUGUGUAAUAAGCAAAGAGAAGUCAGUGUACAGUGUCUCUUUUGUAAUGAUUUUCCCCUGCUGAGUAAAGAUUAAACAUAUGACAGUAAAACUGAAA